GAGAAGCCUCUGCUCUCCUCCUUCCUCUGGUUUCUUCUUUCCCACUAUUUUCGUUUUUGCUCUUCUCUGCAUUAAUGGAUCCCGUUAACACAUGGGGCAACACUCCUCUCCAAGCCGUGGACGAGGAAAUCUUCGAUCUGAUCGAGAAGGAGAAGCGCAGGCAAUGUAGAGGAAUCGAACUCAUCGCCUCCGAAAAUUUCACAUCCUUCGCAGUAAUGGAAGCCCUCGGCAGCGCCUUGACCAACAAGUACUCAGAAGGCAUUCCCGGUAACCGUUACUAUGGUGGCAACGAAUUCAUUGACGAGAUCGAGAAUCUCUGCCGCUCUAGAGCCCUUCAGACCUACCGUCUCGACCCUGCCAAGUGGGGCGUUAAUGUCCAGCCUUAUUCUGGUAGCCCUGCAAACUUCGCUGCUUAUACUGCUCUUCUGAACCCACAUGACCGAAUCAUGGGUCUUGAUCUUCCCUCUGGUGGGCAUCUUACACAUGGCUACUAUACCUCUAAUGGGAAGAAGAUCUCUGCAACUUCGAUCUACUUUGAGAGCUUGCCGUAUAAGGUGAAUUCGACUACUGGGUAUAUUGAUUACGAUAAGUUGGAGGAGAAGGCCAUGGAUUUCAGGCCAAAGUUGAUUAUCUGUGGUGGGAGUGCGUACCCCAGGGACUGGGACUACGCCAAGUUCAGGUCCAUUGCGGAUAAAUGUGGUGCUCUUUUGCUCUGUGACAUGGCUCACAUAAGUGGUCUUGUUGCUGCCCAGGAAGCUGCGGAUCCCUUUGAGUACUGUGAUAUUGUCACGACCACCACUCACAAGAGCUUGAGGGGGCCUAGAGCUGGUAUGAUCUUCUAUAGGAAGGGACCCAAGCCAGCCAAGAAGGGUCAGCCCGAAGAUGCAGUUUAUGACUUUGAGGACAAAAUCAACUUUGCUGUUUUCCCAUCCCUCCAAGGUGGUCCACACAAUCAUCAGAUUGGUGCAUUGGCUGUUGCCUUGAAGCAGGCCAAUUCUCCUGCGUUCAAGGCCUACGCUAAGCAAGUCAAGGCCAAUGCUGUUGCUCUUGGAAACUACCUGAUGAACAAAGGAUACAAGCUUGUCACUGAUGGCACAGUGAACCAUCUUGUUCUGUGGGACCUCAGACCUCUUGGAUUGACUGGCAAUAAAGUUGAGAAGCUUUGCGAUCUAUGUAACAUUACUGUGAACAAGAAUGCUGUUUUUGGGGAUAGCAGUGCACUGGCUCCUGGUGGUGUCCGAAUUGGUACACCUGCCAUGACUUCGAGAGGCUUGGUCGAGAAGAACUUCGAGCAGAUUGCUGAAUUCCUCCAUCAGGCUGUCACCUUAUGCUUGAACAUCCAGAAGGCACAUGGGAAGCUCUUGAAGGAUUUCAGCAAGGGCCUGGUGAACAACAAGGAUAUUGAGGACCUCAAAGCUGCUGUUGAGAAGUUUGCAUCCUCUUAUGACAUGCCUGGCUUCCAAAUGUCUCAGAUGAAAUACAAGGAUUAGGUUAACAAAUAGUGAUAGUAGUAAUACUGUAUUGGCUCCUUAAGCCUCCUUUUUUUU